GCCUCGGAGCUGUCAACACGGCGGCGCCUUCUGACGACCACAAUUGACUUUUGUGCACUAAGGUCCAGUCCAACUGCAGUCCUGUGAAGUGAUUGGCGGUGAUAAGUGUGCUUCAGGGUGCCCGGAGGACGUAGCUCAUGGAGAGUAAGGAAGAACUGCUUGUGGCGUUAGUCAGUCGUGUUUACACAGCAACAGCUGGUCAAGACUGAAUGGACUGGACAACAAGACUUAAGAAUGGACCUGUUGACCUAUAAACAAGAACCCGUGCUCGACCUGGUCACGAGGAACCCAAGUUCAUCGCAACGUUUAAGAUCUUGGAGGAGUGAGGCAUCCUAUGGAAGGACUCGAGGCCAUGUACCAAGCGUCACCCACACAAUAUGUAUAGACGUCUGACCUACGGCAAACCGUGUAAUGCGGUAAGAGAUGAGGAGGGAGAUGUUAGCGAGGCUGGUGGUGGUGGUGGUGGCGGCGGUGGCCGGGGUGUGUGAGGCCCACGUGGCUCUAACUUUCCCGCCCGCCCGCAAGUAUAACCUCGACUUCCUCGACUCCUUCAGGACCCAGGCGCCCUGCGGCAUGCCCAGAGGAAAUAUCAAGACCACGCUACUGCAGGGAUCAUCCUUCAACGUCAGCUGGCACUUGGCUUAUCCUCACAGGGGCGGGUUCCGUCUGGAGCUGCUGGACCCCCAGGAGCGACCCCUCUCCGACCUCACCCCCGUCACCGCUGACACCAACUUCCUCGCCGACGAUACCACUGCCCAGUCCUUCAGGAUCACCCUGCCCACUGAACUGGAAUGUGAAGGCUGCACCAUCAGGCUGCUGCGUCAAGCAUCAGAGUGGGGGGCAAAAUACCAAUUCUGGUCCUGUGCUGAUGUUGAUAUUGUAAAACGAAACAGUUACCGUGAAACUUGCAGUGGCAAUGGCAGAUACAUGGUUAAUCAGUGCCGUUGCAACAAGCGUUUCUUUGGUGAUCGAUGUCAGUUUGAAAAUGAGUGUAACACUGAUGAUGACUGUGGACUAUUUGGACGAUGUGUGGAUUUGGAUGCCACUACAUACCCAAAGAAGUUAUGCUACUGCCGACAAGGGCGGUUUGGUCCCAAGUGUUCAAAAACAUCCUUGGUAACAAAUCGAGACACUGUUAAUUUUGAUGUGUACACCAAAAAGGAGUUGAGUGACAAAAUGACCCUCUAUUGGAGAAUUCUACAAAUUGAGGGCGAGAUUGAGGUGGUGCUGGUCAAUAAUGGAUCCUCAUAUUCUGCCUUGGGUUGGAGGCCCCAAGGAAUGACCCAAAAAUGCAAGCAGUUUCCCUACAUACCUGGAACCGUGAGUCCUGGUGCCACUGCUGGAAAUGGUGCUCAAGCUGAACCUGAACCCGAAGCAGAAGCGGAACCCGAAGCAGAAGCCGAGCCCGAGGCAACAGCAAAAUCCAAAGUUGAGACAAAGCCAGGGGCUUCAGGGUCUCAUCCAGAAGCUGAAGCAGAGCCGCAACCUGAAGGUGAGCCGGCAACUACGACAGCUAGACCCAAGGCCGAGAAUGACCCAGAGGCUGAGGCUGAGCCAGAGGCAGAGCCGCACACCACUGAAUCUUCUCCGAAAUUAAGUCUUGCAGCAGAUACUACCAAACCUGCCAUAAACCCUACUACCACCACCACCACAACUGAACGUUCAACAAGACCCAGACGUGUCCGUCGAACUACCACUACAACAACCACCACCAUUCGACCACGUAUAAUUGCCAAUCAAUCACUUACAACAACCAGUACCACAGAAGCACCUGCAACUACUACCACCACCACUGAAACACCUAUAGCCACAACUACCACUCAAGCUUCUACAACUGCAACUGAAGCUCCAACAACUGCCACAACAUCUACAACUAAAGCAACAACAACCCCCACCACAACUACAACUGAAGCACCAACAACCACCACCACAACUACAACUGAAGUACCAACAACCCCUACAACAACAACCACCACUGAAGCCCCAACAACCACCACAACCACCACUGAAGCCCCAACAACCACCACCACAACCACCACGGAAGCACCAACAACCACCACUGUAGAAGGAGCCCCAACUCCAAGGAGGAAGAAAAAUGAUGUUACCUCAGAUCGAGUCACUGGUCUUCUGGUACCAAGAGGGAAACGGGACACCCUUUCCAGGAAAGCUCGGUUUGCUGUUCCACUCUUGAAAGCUGCAGAUAACUCUUCAAAUGGAACAACAAGUUCACAAGUGAAAGCUGAGGCGGACGCUGAACCAGAGGCAGAGGCCGAAGCAAAGGCAGAAGCAGAACCUGAGGCAGAAGCAAAAGCUAAAUCUGAGCCUGUGAGUGGUGCUUCUCCAUUCGUUCCUAAAGGGGAUUUUCAUGCUAUGGACUGCACAGAUAUUAUUAUGGGUUCUGCAGUUGCCCACUAUUAUCGUAUUGAAGAUUAUUAUACCCGUGACCGCUCCACUCCGAAGGUCGAUCGCUACUGGGGUGGCGACGAUUCCCUUACUGCAGCGCUGGGUUGGGAAGUUGAUGGAGUGACAACAAUUUUGUUCAGGAGAAAGCUUGAUGCUACCCAUCCAACUGACCACCCUAUUACAAAUUCUCUCAUGCACGUCAUCUGGGCUCGAGGACAAGAGGCAGGAAUGUAUGUCCAUUCGCCCAAAUCUGGCCUUGAGUCAGGUUCUGCGAGUGUCCCAGAUUUCUAUCGUCCCGAUGAAUUUAAGUACCAUGGCAAGAAAGGGCAGAGAGGCGUUGUUUCAAUGAAUUUCUUAGAGAAAUUUUCCGAGCCAGCGGAAGGCAAAAAAGACGAGAUCAACUGGUGUGGAGAUCACUGGAAAUACCCAGGACAUUGUACUCCUGGUAAAGACUGCGAGUACUAUGCCAAGUGGGAAUACUUUGAGCAAACAGAUGAAAUUAAAUUUACCAUCCAGACUACUGACGGGAAUCACUGGACUGGAAUUGGUUUCUCUGACAAUACGAGGAUGCCACUGACUGAUGCAGUGAUAGGUUGGGUGCAGCCUUCAGGCAGUUACUUUAUGUUUGAUGCUUGGUGUCAUUCCUAUGCCUCUCCUAACAUUGAUCAGGGCCAAGGCAUUAGGAAUCAGACAGGUUACAAUGAAAAUGGAAUCUCCACCAUCAGCUUCGUGAGGAACAGAAUAUCGAAAGAUACUGAAUAUGAUCUGAGCUUUACUGAUGAGAAGUGUCUCCACAUGGUAUUCCCCACUAAGGGCGGAACUUAUGACUCUAAGAAUAAGAGAACAAGAAAGCAUUUAGCGACUCCUACAAUUUCCACAGAAAGAGUUUGCAUUCGCUCUUGUUCCAAAUAUGGUGGAGCUGAUGGACGGCCAUUUGUGUACACCACAACACCACGUCCACCUCUGCUGCACUAUGCCGUGGAGAUCAUGUUGACCAAUGUUGGGAGUAAUUACCAGAUCCCCCAGCAGGGAUCAACAGCAUGGCGACAGCUGACUGAUAGCUUGCGGUCCUCCAUGGACGGAGCACUUGAAACUGUUCCUGGAUAUCAAGCAAGUGAUCUCACCGACUUACAAUUUGACGGCAAAGGUAAACUCUUGACCAAGAUGCAAGUUGUGUUGGACAAAACUGUGCACGAGGCAAAAGUUGGAGAAGUUCCUCCUCCGAAAGAUGAGGCAGGAGAAGUGGGGGACGAGUCAAUGGUGAGGAGAGUUUUGAGGGAAGCUGUCGAACGUGGGUCUAUUGGAUCCCUGCAGGUUGAUCCUCAGUUCCUUCGAGUCAGUCGCCUACACGCAUCAUCCGGGGCAGUCCAAGAAAAGUCUUUGACAGGACUGAGUGAGGAUGGAUCAGACCCAGCUAUAAGGUUCCUGAAGGCCAACAAGAUAUGGAUCAUCAUAGGUGUGGUGGUAGCAUUGGUGGUGAUCGCUCUCAUACAGGCCAUCGUCAUGAUUGCCAGAAGCAAGAAAAACAAGACCCCUCCUGUUAGCACUAAGGAGCGUUUAAUCACCAACUCAGGCUGGAAGGACUAUAGCCAGGGCAACAUGAAUUAUGCCUAUGAGAGUUUUGAAACUGAGGAGAAUGGAGUGAAUUCUCGUCGUCAGGGGAGCAAUGGCUCUGCACGUCCUAGUAUUCCUCGUGGCUCGUAUGGUAAAUCUAAUGGCCAAAAUAAUGGAUAUAAUGGAGGGGCAAAUGGCCAUCAAGGGCAUCCUGGUCAGCAUCCAGGAGGCUAUGGUGGGGACACACGUUCACUUCAACGCCCGCGCAACGCCCCUCAGACACGUCCCGACCCACGGGGAACUUAUUCACUCCCCCGUGGCUCUACAGCAUCCUCUUCUCUACCGUCUUACAAUGCUGCCAUGCAAGAUAUGACUCCAGAUUUCUACUACCUUCCAUCUCAGCGCAAAUAUUCAGGAGAAGUUGUUCGUGUGUAUGUUGAUUAUAACCAGUCCAAAUAACCGAGACGUGAAUUUUAUCAUUGAUGUAUAAAAUUACUGAAUAAUAUCUUUAAUGUAAACUUUUUGAGCAGUUAAAUAUAAUAAAAUGUUAUUUGAAACUUGACAUAAAAUAUCAUUGUUGUUAGGGAAAGGGAGAUUGUUAUGGUAACGCAGCAGGCUGGUGUCGUGAGGCAGGAGCUCUCAGAGAAUUGUUGUCUCAGCAUGAGGAGUUAAUGCCAAGUGUUGGCCACUUAGCAGAGUUAAUUUAUAUGCUCACUCCAAAGUGACUUGUGUCCCCACACAAACUGUCCUCCCAGGGAACAUAUCAUCCCAUUCCAUGGGAAUUAGUAUACUCAUAACAUAUUGGCAUACUCAUGUGUGACUUUGUAUGUUUUUACUGUGAUACUAUGUGUAGCUACUUGGAGAAUGUUAGGACACCUGUAACAGUAGGCAAGGCUUUCAACUGUUAUCAUUGCAUCAGAUGAUGUGCAUCCAUAUAUUUUAUUAUGGAUACAUACUUUGAGAUAUUUUUUUAUAAGCUCUGUAAAUUUGCAUUAAAAGGAGACAAUUUACUCCAUAAAUUUGAAAUGUAAUAUUGCCAGUAAAAAUACAAUAUUUGCUCCUGUAUUGUUAAUUUGACUUGCAUGAAGUAAGUAGUUAAAUAUAGGCACAAAUUUGUCAUGCUUACUGAUAAUAUUAAAAUUUGUCUGUUCAAAAUAAAUAUUCUAUUUUGUUUGUUUUUCUUUAACUUUUUCACCUCCUUUUAAACCUACUGUAUUACAGUAUUAUAUUUCUUUGCAAAACUAUCAAUAGAUUAUUAGAGAUUAUAGGUUCAAUGAGAUAUGUAGAAAUCCAAUUUUCACUUACUAGGUUUACUUCUAAAAUAUGUAUAAAGUGUGUUUUAAUUAAUCUAUAUAGAAAAUAUAUUGGACAAAAUUGCUCAAGAGAAAAGAGGUGUGUGUAUCAAGUAACGAAUAACAGUGAUAAACGUAUAGCACUGCGGGAGGUAAAACACAGCGAGACUGGUGGACAAGUAGUGUGUAAGUCCAAGUUCUCCCGCUGUUGGCAGAAGUGACGUACUCUACUUAAAUCAUGAAGUAUAAACACACAGCAUUGCAAGUAUUUUUUGAUGGCUAAUAUUUAUUAUUCUAAUAUACAAGCAGAUGUUGCUCUUGCUGGAAUAGUCAGUGUGCCAUUAUUUGAAUUUUUCAGAUGUAGAUUUGUAUAAAUGAGUAAUUCAGAUGUAUUGUCUAAGGAAUUCACUGUAUAUACUGUAUACUCAAAUUGCAUACAGCAUGCAAGCACAUUUAUUGUACAUAAUAUGACUGGAUAAUGACUUGUAAUACUAUAAACAUUUACGGCCACCGUCGUUGUGCUUAAGUGCAUACAACUAAGUACAUUUUUAAAAGUAUACUGUAUUUAACAAUAUUAUAAACAUGACCCCAAAUUCAUCUUUAGGAGUGUAUUUAUAUUUUGGAAAGACUGCCUGUCUGCAAAAAAAGGGAUGGGGGGAGGGGUAGCCCCAUCCCUUUUUUUUUUUAAAUACUGUAUUGCUUGUUAAAUAUUGUCAUACUUAAUGCAGCAACUCAUGAACAAGAAAAUACUAGAUGAAAUAGCUUAUUCUGAUAAAGUCAAUUCUGGUGUGUGUAUCAUAUCCGCUUGAUGGUUCCACUGGUACUAAAUGCUGUUUCCCGUGUUUAUGUGAGAACUUCAUAGGGCUAGAUACCUAAAUGAUGAACAGUAUUUUUGACAUAGUUGAACCGACGUCCUGAACUGUUGUGUAAUUUGUUUAUCAUGAUUUCAUUACAAGCCCCCUAUGAUUCUUAUCUAACAUCAGUGAACAUCUAUAAUGACUGUGCAUGUAAUAUUUAAAUGCUAAACUGGUGCAUGAGAGUAGUAAGAUAUUUAAAAUAUUAAUAUAUUCUCUUGUAAUAAUAAUAAUGUUGCUUUUCUAAUACCGUAAUAUCAGAUGAUAUCCAUAGCAGUUUGUGAUGACCACUGUUUAAUACACUCAAAAGGUAACCUUUUUUUCAGUACUUAGUGGAUACUUUUAUAUAACUUUUGGGGUUUGAGUAGUAUUGUGUAAAUAGUGCAUAAAACUUGCACUCUGUCUUUGCUAAUGUGGUCUGAUGAUGUGUAUAUCUCUGUAUGGUCUGCUAUGUGUAUAACAACACAGUAUAUGAUCCAACUGUGUAUAUCACUACAGUAUGUGGUCCAACUGUGUAUAUAUCACUACAGUAUGUGGUCCAACUGUGUAUAUCACUAAUAUUUUCAUUAGUAAUAAAUGAAUGUAUAUAUUUUUGUAUGAAGUCAUUGGACUCUCACUUAAGGCAUUCUUCAUUUUUAUAUGAUAUCCUUCUAUCUCUUUCUUGACAUAUAUAGAUGCCAUUACUUUAUAUAAUUAAAUUUGUAGAGUUUUUCGUUUUUGUAUUAUAAGAGAGUAAUUCUUUGGAUUUGUAAACAGAAUUUGGAAACACAUGUUGCACAUUAUAGGGACAAAAUAAAAUAACCAAUGUCAAUAAUUCCAUAAGAUUGCUAAACAUUAGAAUAAAGAAAUAGCAAUAUUUAGUGCAUUAAUACAUGUUAAUGGAAGAUAAUGCUGAACCCUUUGUGGUGUAGUUUAUUCUGUUUUCAUCUGGGUCUGAAUCAGUUGUGUGCUGUCAUGGAAUACAUGUAAGUAUUUUCAAAUUAUAAUGAAAAUGGUGUGUAAAACUUGUAAUUACCUGUUGUGGUAUACAGUAGCAUAUAAUUUGACUACCAUGAAUCCAUUUUUGUUUUCUGGUUUACAAUUAAAGUAAUAGUCUGGCUAGAAAUUAGUCCUAGUAAUACAGUCCCAGUUUACAAGAAAUGUAACUGGGACAAACUCAAAACAUUCUGAGCUACAUUUGUAGUUUUACUAUUCAAAAUACGGCUUACUCAUUGUUGGGGGUACAGGAAGUCCCUGACAAGAUCUUCCUAGACCAACGACUGACUUUCCUCAGGUUGCAACCCACAACAAUUUCCUAGCUCCCAAGUACCUAUAUACUGUUAAGUUGGCCGAAACAUCAGGUGAAGGGAAAUACAGUACUAUAUGCCGAAAUGUCUCCAUCCUGUAUGGGAAUAUAACCAGAGAUGUUUCGGUUGUGAACUGACUGCUCUGAGUAGAUUCAGUGCAGUCUGAGAGUGGUCUAAGCAGUCCGACAAGGAGGAGGCCUGGUCGAGGAGGACUGGUCCGGGCCGCGUGGGACACUAAGCCCCGAAAUCAUUGCAAGGUAAGGUAGCACCGCACUGUGAGCUAACAGCUGCCAGUUAUAUUUUAAUGUGUAGCUAAUACUGAGUGUUAGUUGUCAUGCAAACAAGAAUGUAGUGAGGGUCGUAUUACCCAAUAAGCCAAGUAGGUCAUGGACCUAGGGCCAACAAGUACUUUUUUUUUUGUACCAUAAAAAUGGACAAAUAUCAAAUAAUACUUUGACUAAUCAGUUACUGUACUUGGUAGCACUGCCCAAUUAUUUUUUCCAUGUAAUUCCAAUACUGUACACAUUUUCAUAUACGUUUUCAACGUUUCACAUGAUGCUUCACACAACUGAGGAGAGGUAUUACUUGUUUAUAUUUACUAUUCAUUCAAAAGGUAUUCUUGAUACACAAGUGAUUGUUUACUGUUAGUUAUCAGGAAUUUAUAGUUUCAAGAAUCAUUGUUAAAACUUAUAUAAGUGUAGGAAUGUGGCCUCAGUGUAUGCAUCUGCAAAACUGGGCAUAAUAUAACCUUGAUAUUUAAUCAUUAGAUAUUAUUAUGAUACGAGCUGUCUACGUGCAUGUGUUUUGUCUUUGAAUAGCCACACUGACCAGAGUUGGGGCACGUUUACCUGUUUUGACCUAGGAUCCAAAAAGCAGUUAGAUUCGGCCCUGAAUUCAGUGGAACAAUUAUCUUUUUGUCUUUUAUCAGCAAUAUUGCAACAAUUUAUGGUGAUAAUUUUUUAUUGGUAUACACCAUUUACUUUCAAGUGUGUAUUAAAAUAUAUUCAUUUGCAUUUGUAAUUAGUGAGGUACAGUACCUGAAUUUAAAAAGAGAAACCAAGAAUAAGAAAGGCAACUGGAAUUACAGAAAGGUGCCUGGAAUAAAGGAGAGGUACCUGGAAUUAGAAGAAACUAGAAUAAAAAAAAGCACUGAAACUAAAGAAAGGUACAUACUGUGCCUGGCAUCACAAUGGGUCAUAUAUAUUGCCAUUACUUCCCAACUCCCUGUAUACCACUUUUAUUUCUCAGGAUGUUACUAAAUUUGUAUGUUUCUUAUAAAUAUAUAUUUUGUGUGUGUGUGUGAGAGAGAGAUUGUGUCUACUACCAGUGCUCUGUUCACCAUAAUUGCAUUAUCAUGUACUUGUGUAUUAAUAAAUAUUACUGUAUGUU